AUGGUUAUGAAGCUGGCCACCUCAUACGCAAUAGACCACCAAACAGAAUUUGAUCCUCACCGGGCAUUCUACUAUCUAUCUAUCUAUCUAUCUAUCUAUCUAUCUAUAAAGGAAAAAAAAACUGAAAAAGGAGAACGCGGACGACCACUGUCCCAUAUGACAGGACGCACGAUCCACCCAUCCUGCCAGAGUGUAUUGACACUCGGACGACAUUCUUCUUCUUCCUCCAUAGACCGCCAUAAUCCGUUCGUCUUAACGCAGGCUCUUCCUUUUCUUUCUUUCUUUCUUUCUUUCUUUCUUUCUUUCUUUCUUUCUUUCUUUCUUUCUUUUCUAUGUUUUAUGCUUUCUUUUUCUUUCUUUUUUCCUUUCUUUCUUUCUUUUUACUUACUUUUUCUUUCUUUCUUUCUUUCUUUCUUUCUUUCUUUCUUUCUUUCUUUCUGUUUUCUACCCCCCUCUCCGUUUACCUACUCAUUACUUUCCUACUCUCUAGGUUUUUCUUCUUUCUUGCUUAUUAAUCACUUUCGUUCGUUCCUUUUUUUUCCUUUAAUUCAUUCAUUGUAA